AUGAACGAUUCUAUCGCUGGAGUAGUUGGUGCAUCUACUCUAGAGCCGCAGCAGGAGGCCGCGGACACCAUCGCCUUGGCGGUUCUUCCUCCGACUCACCGCCGGCCAAGAGUGAGGGAGGUCAGCUCUAGGUUCAUGUCUCCGGUGGUUUCUUCUUCUUUUUCCUCUGGUGAUCUCCAUCUCCUCUCUUCCAAGUCGCCUCUUACGAAGCACCCCGUUUCAACUCCUAUCCCUGCAGAAUUUCAAGCAAAGCAGCAGCAGCAGCGCUCGAAAUCUGUGCUGAGUCGACGCCUGGAACAGGAGCCGCUAAGCCGUGCCGACCAGAACAUAUCUGAGACAAUUCGGAGCUUGGAUACCCCGUUGGGAUCACAGACACAUUCUAAAGCGGUGGUGUCCGUACAGAGGAAGCAGCGUGCUGCCGUGAAUCUUUUUAAGGAGAACGGGGGGGACAGAGUGGGGGAGCAAAAUCCGCAUCAACAGAAGAAAGGUGUUGCACAAUUAAAAGGCUUUCUUGGUGGAAAGUCUUCUGGGAGAAACGAAACUGUUGCCCCCUCAAGGCCCGAUACACCAACAUUGAAUGCCACAGAUAGGAUUAUCCCAUCAAGAUACAGGCUCACAUCCCAAAAUUUUCAGCGUCCAACCAACAUCAGUGGAGCAGUGACCGCCGCUACCAAGUUAUUGCGAGCAAAUGAGAUGUCAUUGUCCACUGAGCCCUCAAAUUUGGACAUCGGGGUCAGUGGCAAUUCAUGCCCACAAGCCACAUUUGUUCCUGGAAAUCAUUGUACAGUGGGUCUCAAUGACGAUGAUGACCAAGUAGUUGCACAGCACCUGGCUAGAAUCGUAACAUUCAAAGAUUCAGGCUCGUGCACUGGCACUAGUCAGCUGAAUUCGUGUAGUAAUUCCCCUGUUCCCAUCCAAAAAAUCAAGGCAUGUUCUCUGUCAGAUUUGCGCUCUUCCUUGCCGGAGGUGGAUAUGUUGCCCACUGUAUCAACCAGAUUGCUAGAAGAGAGAAGUUGCAGCACCGCUCACAUCAGUGAAUGUGAAUCUUCAAAGUUCUCUGCUUCCUCUUGCUUCCGUUCUCUGACGUUGCCACUGUCAAGCUCUGAACACUCCUCCCUCUUGCAUUCUCUCAAAUCCAGUGAGAAAACAGCAUCUGCUCUCUCCAGAGCCUCUACAAACUCUUCAAAGAUGCGAAACUUUUGUCUGCCUCCACACCCCACGUGCAUAAAAGGGGGAGCAGAUACAAGGAAAGGAAGAACGGUUCUCAAUCAUCCAGAAGAAGUUCAUUCCUUGAAAUUGCUUCAUAACCAUUAUCUGCAGUGGAGAUAUGCAAAUGCAAAAGCAGAGGCCUCCAUGCAUGCUCAAAGGAGGGAAACUGAGAGAGAACUUUAUUCUCUUGCAACUAAGAUAUUGGAUUUACAUAGUGCCGUGACUAGAAGACGCAUUGAAAUUGGGUUGCUGCAAAGAGUAAAAACUUUAUCUGCAAUCCUUGAAGCUCAUAUACCAUAUCUUGAUCAAUGGUCUGCCUUUGAAGAGGAGUACUCAACUUCGUUGUCAGGAGCAUCAAGUGCUUUGCUCAAUUUCUCACUUCAACUUCCAGUCAGUGGGAACGUCCGGGCUGAUAUGGAACAGUUAGGGAAGGCUAUGAACUCGGCAACAAAGGUGCUGGAAAUGAUAGGUUUUCUUGUUCAAAGCUUUAUGCCAAAGGUUGAAGAAAUGGAUACUUCAAUUUCAGAACUAGCCAGGGUGACCAAUAGAGAAAGAGCAUUUAUUGAGGAAUGUGGAGAUUUGGUAUUUGGAACGUUUACAUCACAGGUGGAAGAAUGCAGCUUAAGAGGACAUCUAAUUCAAUCCCAUUCUAGCAACCAUGCAAAACAAAAUCAACCCCAGGAAGAGUGAAGUUCUUCAUGGCAAGUCGCAACAAGUCGUGUUUCCUUUUUGUCAUGUGAUUUAAUUGAGAUAUAACCAGAAUACUUCUGAUGAGGAAUUUCAUUUUCCGAGGUGGGAAAACAAUGUUUUUUUUUUUUUUUGAUCAAGGAAAACAAUGUUCAUCUUGCCCAUCCAAAAGAUAUUGAUAUUCAUUUUACGAUUUUGAAUAAUCUAUUUUCCCUCGGACUGCCAACAGGAGUCGAGUAAUUUCUUUUC